AUGGACUCCCGGACCUGCCAGGACAGGCAGCCCAGUGACCAGCCCAGCAGCAGCAGCAGCAAUUGUAGCAGCAGCAAGAGUAAUUGUGAAAGGGAAAGGAUCCGGAGUCGGAUGAAAAUGGUGAUCGGGCAACUGGAAGGCAUCUUACAGGAGCUCAAGGAGGUGGCCAAGGAGCUCCGGGAGGUGGUGAGCCAGAUCGACCGACUGACGUCCGACUUCGAGUUCGAGCUGGAGCCGGAUGACUGGACGACAGCGACGGCCAGCAGCACCUCCAGCAGCGAGAAGGGGGGAGGCGCCUUUGAGCUGGGACCCCUCGAUUUCGCUGCCUCCGACAUCCUCUCCGACAGCUGGGAAUUCUGCUCCUUCCUGGAUGCUUCCACCCCCUCCGACCCGGGCGACGGUCCUGAGCCCCCCCGGCCACAGCCGCAACCCCCACCAGCUCACCAGCCUGAUUACCGGCUGAUGAACGGGGGGAUCCCCAUCACCAACGGUCCCCGGGGCGGGGGGACCCCGGAUUCAUCCAGCGAGGAAGCCUUCGGCACGACAGCCGGCCAGAAGAUCUCGCAUCACCGGCCGGCCGGCACGCGGGAACGGGUCCGAUUCAGCGACAAGGUGCUUUACCACGCUCUGUGCUGCGAUGACGACCGGGACGGUGACAGCACGGCAUCCCCAGGGGAUGAUGGCCCCGAGGAGCCCGGCCGUAAGGUGCUGGUGGGGCCACCCUCAAAGCAUCCCUCCACCGGUGGUGGUGGUGGUGGUGGUGGACCCCCGGCGCGGCGGCUGACGAGGAACAGCAGCACGCAGACCGUAGCCGAUAAAAGCACCCAGACGGUGCUGCCUUAUAUCCCGGCCAAGCAGAAAAUUAAAAAUAAAAACUGA